AUGUCUGACGAGCUCUCCCCGUCGCACCCCUGUGGAGUGAUCCACGCAAACAUAACUCUGUGUGCACUCCACCUCCUGCUGCACAUCAGGCACACAUCUGUGGACGAAACCUCCUCUCCUUCAUCCGCUGGUGGUCGUGGCAGGAAAGGUUGCUCGCUCUUGUGUGACGCUGGCGUGACUGCCGUGCGUGAGGCAGUGUCCAAAGCAAAGCGCUGCAAUGACCUAUAUCACUGCGGUCACAAUACCUUUGUUUUGACUCUACACGGUUUAGAGGACGCCGACUUCCUGCAACAGCUUCACACUGUGGGGAUCCUGGCUCAGUUCUGA